GGGGACUGCCGGAACUUGAGGGGCGGGGAAAGGGAGGUGAGAGGCCGUGGCCAGCCUUGGGAUGGCCGCGGUGUUGGUGCUGCCUGGCCUGUACUUGAGCGGCCGCGACCCUAGCCGGCCUGAGUGCGUCGGGGAUGCUGCUGUCAGGGCGCUGCUGGUGGUGGAGGACUCGGAGCCCCCCGAGGCCGCCGCCGCUGCUGCUUCUGCUUCCGGUCUCGAGGCGGUGCUGCACGUGCCGCUGCUGGAUCAGCCCGAGAGCGACUUGCUGAGCCGCUUGGACGACUGCGUUGCCUUCAUCGGCGGAGCCCGGGAGCGGGGCGGCGGCGUCCUGGUGCGCUGUCAAGCUGGAGUUAGCCGAAGUGUGGCUGUCGUGACUGCCUAUUUAAUGAAAGCCAAUACUCUGUCUUUUGAAGAGGCCUAUGCUUUCGUCAAAGACAUCAAGCCUGAUGCCAAGUUUCUUUUGACUUGUCUCUCCAGAAUCAACGAAGGGUUUGAGUGGCAACUGAAACUGUAUGAAAAAAUGGGCUGCGAAGUUGAUGUAACGAGUCCUGUCUACAAGCAGUAUCGCUUACAAAAGGUUACAGAGAAAUAUCCUGGUAAGGGAGCUGGGAUUUAUUACGUACAGAUUGAUGUCAUGUUGGAGCAAACUGUGUUCAAAUGGAUUUGAAAUUAGGCUGUUU